AAUGUUCAGGUGGGAUGUGGAUGUUCGGUCGUGGAUGGAGCUGUUGAAGAGCACUGGAACUGCAAAUCCCAGAAAACCCGGCGCAAGAGGAGGAGUUUGAAAGCCCCGGCGCCUCCCCAGCAUCAGGAUGGAAGGGGCUGCUUGCCCUUCGGCUGGAGGCGGAGGCUGUGGCUCCAGGUGAAACCCGCGGACAGACGUGAAAAUACUUCUUCCUCGCUGUGCCGAAGCCAUGGAGAUGCAGUCGUACUACGCCAAACUCUUAGGGGAGCUCAACGAGCAGCGAAAGAGGGACUUCUUUUGCGACUGUAGCAUCAUCGUCGAAGGGAGGAUCUUCAAGGCCCACAAGAACAUCCUCUUUGCCAACAGCGGCUACUUCAGAGCGCUCUUGAUCCACUACAUCCAAGACAGCGGCCGGCACAGCACCGCCUCCUUGGACAUCGUGACGUCGGAAGCCUUCUCGGUUAUCCUGGACUUCCUUUAUUCCGGGAAACUGGACCUCUGCGGGGAGAACGUGAUCGAGGUCAUGUCUGCGGCCAGUUACCUGCAGAUGACGGACGUUGUCAACUUCUGCAAGGCGUACAUUCGGUCCUCACUGGAUAUCUGCAGGAAGAUAGAGCGAGAGGCCGCUUUUUACCAGGCCGACAGCGGGAGCAGCAGCUCCGCCAGAGAAGGCACAUCGUUCGCCACGAAGAGCCAGUGCUCGGCCUCCGUCUCGUCUUUGCAAGACAAGGACAGAAACCCGGAUUGUCGCCAAGACCCUCCCUGCGGGGAGUGCGACAACUGCCACCCCAUUGAGCUUAGGGUCCGGGACCCCGUCGGCAGCGACUCUCCGGAUGACACAAACUCCUCGCUGCCCAAAGUGGUGGAGCCCAAAGUGGAGUUCGAUGCCGACGAGGUGGAGGUGGAGGUGGGUGAGAGGCUGUCACAAUUCCCGGCUCCGUUGACUAUGGAGCAGAUCGAGGAGGGGCUCCACAGCGGCCAGGCCAUGGACCUGGCCUGUAACAACUACCACAUGAAGCAGUUCCUGGAGGCUCUGCUACGCAACAGCACUGUGCAGAGGAAGGAGGAUGUUGUGCAUCACUUUGUGCGCGGCUUCGAAGGGAGACCGGAGGACGGUGCCAUGCCCAUGAGCUCCAUGAUGGACAACGACUGGUAUGGAGAGGAUGCAGGUGACGUGCUCGUGGUGCCCAUCAAGCUGCACAAAUGCCCCUUCUGCCCCUACACGGCCAAACAGAAAGGCAUCCUGAAGCGCCACAUCCGUUCGCACACCGGCGAGAGGCCCUACCCCUGCGAGAUCUGUGGCAAGCGUUUCACACGGCAGGAGCACCUCCGGAGCCACGCAUUGAGUGUCCAUCGCUCGAACAAGCCCAUCAUCUGCAAAGGCUGCCGGAGAACGUUCACCAGCAGCCUGUCCCAAGGCUUGCGACGCUUCGGCCUGUGCGACAGCUGCACAUGCGUCACGACUACGCAUGAGGACUCCAUGCCCAUCAACCUCAGCCUGAUGGAGCCUUCCUCGGAGGGUCCGGAGAAGAGAGAUCCGGACAAUGACUGGCCCAUCUAUGUGGAGUCCGGGGACGAGAACGACCCCCCGGAUGACGACGACGACGUGGACCCCGAUCCCGACGAUAAGCGGGGCCUGCACCGGGAAGCCCUUCUGUAGUAGCCAAAGCAGGGCAGGGUAAUGCCAAGAAGUCUUUUUGUGUGACUUGUUGUACGAUAUUUAUCAAGAUCGUGAUCUUUAAAAAAUAUGAAUAAUAUCAACAUUCAACUUUCCUAGGACAUAUAGGAGCAGUUGGACUUCCACAACUCCGACAUGUCUUCUAAACUGUUUUUAGUGCUGUGCGCUAUACCUUUCAAAGGGAUUUUGUGUCCAGGGUAAACGGAAGCCGCAUUCCCGCCAUCUCUUGCUUGCCUUGGGAUCUGUGCAGUGAGAAACCUUCCUCCGUCCAUUCAGUUGUUUCUCGUCCUCUUUGCUGCCACUCUUUGCUGCCUUUCUCCCAGACCCUUUUAUACGAUUCCACUUUCUGUUUGGAAGAAAGCUGGAUUGAACUCUUCUUUGGGCUGGAUUAUCUUAAUUUUGGAGAAAAGGAAAACCUUAAAAGAAUUUCUAGGAAUGCCAAAGUUUUGGUCAUUUGUCGUGGCACAAAGCGUCUCUGUCCAAGUUGUUACAAAACUUUAAAUGAGCCACAUUUAUCCAGCUCUCUCUUAUCUUUCCAAGGUGCCCUUCAUCCACUUUGUAAUAAGGACCACGUUCCUGUCCACUUUCCUUCAAUUUAAAUCCGUGUUAUUUGUAUGGUGAGAUGGUGUCGUCUGUACUGACAAUUCUUUUUAGAUUUUUACAGUCUUAUAAACCCGAGUCCUGCUCCAUGUUAGAAAUUUCACCUUGGACAUCAUCUCCUUCCUGUCAAUGGAAAUGUGGGGCUCCUUGGUUGACUUUCCAACGGCUGAUUCCCCUUGUUUAUUAGAGAGCCAGGCAGGUUUCAGUGGUUUCAAUGUUGGACUGCAUGUUUGCUGUGGGUAGAAGCACGCUGGUGAUUCUGAACAAAGUGUUAUGGUCCCUUUGAGCAUUGGCUGUGUUGCUAUAGAGUUAGCCUUCUC